AUGGCCUGCUGCGCGCUGCAGAUCGCCGCGCUGCUUCUCGGCGGCGCGGGCAUGCUGGGCACGCUGGCGGCCACGGCCAUGCCCCAGUGGAGGGUGUCUGCCCACGUGGACGGCAACAUCGUGGUGUUCGAGAGCGUCUGGGAGGGGCUGUGGAUGGACUGCAUCAGCCAGCUGGGCCUCAGGCUGCAGUGCAAGUUCUACGACUCGGUGCUGGCGCUGCCGCCGCCGCUCGAGGCCCUGCGGGCCCUCAUGUGCCUGGCCGUGGCGCUGGCCAUCGCGGCCUUCCUGCUGGCCAUCGUGGGGCUCCAGUGCAGCCAGCACAGCAAGGAGGGACCCCCGGCCGUCAGCACCUUCAUCUUGGUGGCCGGCGUGGCCUUCCUGCUCACGGGCGGCCUGGUGCUGGUGCCGGUCUCCUGGACCGGGGGCGGCAUCGUGCGCGACUUCUACGACCCCGAGGUGCCCGCGCCGCUGAAGCGGGAGCUGGGCGCUGCUCUCUACGUGGGCUGGGCCAGCAGUGCCCUGCUGCUGGCUGCAGGGGCCAUGUACUGCCAUGUCUGGUGCUGGGCCAGCACGGCCGCCAGGCCCAGCUACCCCGGGCUGGCCCGGGCGGGAGUGCCGGGCCUGGGCGUCCAUGCCUAUGUGUAG